CUCCACAGACGUCGCUCUGUCAGCCCGUGUGGUGGUGUGUUGCAUAAUCGGCCGCGGUGUCUCUUCUGCUCUCAGCUGGUCAUCAUGGCAGCGAUCAGGACUCUCAGGAAACUGUGCCAACACUAUCAGCACCAAGUCUGUAAACUGCACACGUCCGCCUCGAGACAGGAAGCAGUUGUCAUCUCAGGAAAGAAACUAGCACGCCAGAUUCGAGAGGAGGCCCGGGCCGACGUGGAGAAAUGGGUUUCAGCCGGCCACAGGAGACCCCACCUGAGUGUGGUACUGGUGGGAGAAAACCCAGCCAGUCACUCCUACGUCCUGAACAAGACACGAGCUGCAGCUGAUGUCGGAAUUUCUAGUGAAACAAUUCUCAAGCAUUCAGACAUAACUGAGGAGGAGUUGUUGGACCUGAUCUACAAACUCAACGCAGAUCAUCGUGUGGACGGCCUACUGGUCCAGCUGCCUCUGCCAGACCACAUUGAUGAGCGCACAGUCUGUAAUGCAGUUUCCCCCCACAAGGACGUUGACGGCUUCCACGUAGUUAAUGUGGGUCGCAUGUGCCUGGAUCAGUCCACCAUGCUCCCUGCCACUCCCUGGGGCGUCUGGGAAAUAAUCAAACGCACAGGUAUUCCUACCAUUGGGAAGAAUGUGGUGGUUGCAGGACGCUCCAAGAAUGUGGGCAUGCCCAUCGCCAUGUUACUGCACACAGACGGCCGUCACGAGAGGCCCGGAGGUGAUGCCACAGUCACCAUUUCUCACCGUUACACUCCAAAGGAGCAACUUCGCCAACACACUAAAAUCGCUGAUAUCAUUGUGGCUGCUGCAGGGAUUCCAAACCUCAUCACCGCCGACAUGAUCAAAGAGGGAGCAGCGGUGAUCGACGUCGGAAUAAACAGAGUGCAGGACCCCGUCACCGGAAAGAGCAGACUGGUGGGAGAUGUGGAUUUUGAAGGCGUGAGACAGAAGGCGGGCUUCAUCACUCCCGUACCAGGAGGUGUGGGACCCAUGACCGUGGCGAUGCUCAUGAAGAACACUAUCAAAGCAGCCAAGAACGUCCUGCUGUUUCCUCCAGAGAGGAUCCGCAUGGCGGCUGCAUCCUAAUGGGAGAAAUAAAAUCCCAGCAACGGCGACACAUUCCACCCCCCUCCGAACACAAAAACCCCCCCUCAUUUUUUUACUGGGAGCAACCUGGCGAGCUCCCCUUGCACACGAACUGGAAAGAUGAUAGCUUUAAGACUCCUCCUGCUGACAUCUUUAACUUUUUUGAACUUCAAGUCCAGCCAUGUUUAGACUGUUACAUUCACUCAUGCAGCUGAGCGCAUUAAGUAACAGGGUUUUCAGUUAUUUAUCAUUUACGAUGUAUUACUUUGGGGGAAUCUUGAAAUAUUAUUUUAUUUAUUUCUACAUCGAAAAGCUAUUUGAACAGGAAUGGAGGCAGGUUACAGCAUUUAACAACGAGCUGGUGAGCUUCAUUCAGUUAGUUUAACCUUAUGUACUGAGAGUGAUAAGGGCUAACCAUCAUCAGGAACAAGUAUGUUUAUCAAUAUACAAGCUUUAAAGAUUCACAAUUGCCUUUGUAAAAACUUUUAAAUAAAUAUUGCAAAUAUGUUCUCACUUGGA